CCUACAUUCAUUUUGUCUGUUAGCUCAUCCUACCCUUUGAUUUAUAAUUUCUUAACUUUCUUUUUUUUCCAGAUUAACAUUAAACUAUUUGUAUAUAUCACUAAUGCCAAAAUCCAUACCUUUCCUUUUUAAUAGAUCGUCUUGUUUUCAGUUUGUUAGUGAUUAAUGAGACUAGUCCUUUGCCAAAAUAUUAAAAUGAAUCUACAUUGACAGUGACAUUUUGAUAGUCUUAUGAUUUUUAGAUGUUUUAAUCUGUGGUUUCAUUUGUUUAUCGUCGUAGGAGAGAAACCGCCAAUUUUUCUACAUUAAUUUGGAAAUAAGACUGCUUUUUAUUUUCAAUAAGAUUAGAGAUAAUAUUUGAUAUACAAUGCAAUGCUACUGUUAUUUGUGUUUGUUUUACUUGUAUUAUUAGUUUUUAAAUUGUAACUCUACUAUUUGUUGUCAAUUUUCAUUCAGUUUGGAGCGGUUGGUACGUGCAAGGUGAUGUCAAGUUUGCUGCUACAAAAUGGUAAUGUCAACAAGUUAAAAAGUAGCCCCUUCAAGAGUAAUAAUUGCUCCAGUAACAAAAAAUCUAGACAUGUGCUAAAGGCAAAAGAAAAUGUUCUCAAAUAUAAAUGUAAUAGAGCACUGAAAAAAAAAUUAAAAAAAUAUAAGUUAAGGCAUGAUGGAAAGGAAGAUCCAGAUGUUUUAGAUGUUUCUAAUACGUUGAUUAAGUUGCUUAAGAUAAAGUCACCAAAUAGUUCAAGUAAACAAAAUUGUCUAGAAGAUAUAUGUGAAUUUGGAGAGAUAUAUCCAAAAAAUUAUCUAUUUAAAAUGGGUAAAAGAAAAGUAACAGUUAAAUCAAAAGAAACCUUGGUUAAUACUGAUACCACAAUACUAAAUGUACUUGAAGAGAAAACCAUCUGUUCGUCUAUAUCUGAUACAAAAGUGGUAACCCAAAGAAAUGCAUUUAAGUUAAUGAUGGAUUCUAGAAAUAAAAGCAUUGGGUCAAAUUCCCCGGGCAAAGAGAAACCUGUGGAUGAAAUAGUGUUGCAGGAACACUUUGAUAAAAAAAGUAUCAAGGCUAAAAGAAAGCUUAUACUUCAAAAAAUGGCAGAAUCAAAAGGCUCUCUGGAAAAAAAAGAUUUAGAAGAAUAUCAAGAACACUGUAUUAAGAAAAAGUUAGAAAAGAGAGCAGAAAGGUUUAAAAAUAUGAUUACAAAUAAGGCAAAUAAUUUAAAAACAGAUAAAAAAUAUCAAGAUUUUAAGUCUAAAGAUUUAAAAAUAUUACCCAGUUCUAGUGAAAUUACUCAUGAAAGAAAUAAUAUAUCUCAUACUGAAGAGCCUAUAACGUUGAUAAGUAUAUUUAAUGAUUCUGUUAAUAAUAAGAGUACUAGUCAUAAACAUACUACUAAAGAAGAUGAAGAGUUUAUUAAGAAACUAUCUCCUUCAUUAAAAAAGAAAGAAAAUAUGCUUUGCUAUUUCAACAAACUUCAAAAAGAUUCUCCUGUAGAUAUUAAAAGUAAUUUUGACUUUGAGAGUGUUGACAAUAAAUAUAUAAAAGUCAAGUUCGAUACAAAAUCUAAGAAAAAAACAAAAAAAGGAAAGCUAAGUCUUAAAAAAGUAGAUACCAAUGAAGGAGUUGGAAAUAAAAAUGAUUUAAACAAAUCAAAUGAUUGUAAUGAACAUGAAAUAAAGGCUAAUGUAGACGAAGUCCUUGCAUGUGGUAAUAAUAAAGAAGGAAGAAAACGGAAACGAAUAGAAAAAAUUACUUGUAACCCAGAAGCUCAUUCUCCAAACUACAGUAAUGAAUUAAAUGGCCUGAGACCCAAAAGAGUUAUUAAAAAGCCAGUUAAAUAUAUAGAUGAUAUAGAAUUAUUUAGUUCUGAUGAGGAAUUACAUAUUUUUACACCAAAAAAGAAGAAAACUAUUGACAAUAAAAAUAAGUCAAAAACUUUGACCAAAAGUUACCAUGAACCUAAAGAAAAAAUAUCUACAGAAAUGAGUCAAAACACCAUUGAAUUAAAAAUCGAAAAGAAAACAGUCACUGAAAGUAACAGUCAGAAAAAGUCUACCAAGUUAGCACCAAUAUUUACAUGUAAGUUACAAAAUGAUCCUGCUGUUAUUGAAGCAAAACAUAAAUUUCUUCACAGUGGGGUUCCAGAUAAAUUGAAAAAUAAAAUUAAGCAACAGAACAAAAUAAAUGUAGGAAGCUUAAUUUUUCCUACUGUUGUUCAUGUUCAACAGACAAUAGUGCCUGUCUCUGUUUCGUCAACUCCAUUAAUUGUAAAUUCAAUUGAAAGUGAUUUUUCUGAUGAUUUAUAUGAGACUUGUGAAGAUAACUUGUUUAAAAAUUUAUUAGAUAUUGGCAAUGGUCUAAGGAAUAGAGUUUUGUCUUCUGUCUCAAAAAAUGAUAAAUGGAUUACUUUAGAAAAUAUUAAACAAACAUUUCCAAAAUUUCCUGUUUAUCGAACCUACCGUCUUCUGAAAGAUAAAAGUAAAGGAUUACUUAAAGAAUGUGGUUAUCCUGAUUUGGAUAACAGUAUAGAAGUUAUUAACGGUAUAGUGGAAAUUAACAAUGACAACCUUGAUAAACUAAAUUGGACCAGUAAAUAUAGAGCUCUGUCUGCUAAGCAAGUUGUAGGAAAUUCAGAAGCAAUUAAAGAAUUAAAGAAGUGGUUAGUAGUUUGGACAGAAAAUGAAGUGAAAUCAAAAAAAGCUUAUGUUGAAUCAGAUUCGGAUUUCUAUCAUUCUGAGACUGAUAGUAAAGAUAGUAUGAAAUCCUCAAAUAAUAUUUUAAUAGUAACAGGUCCCAUAGGUAGUGGUAAAACAACAAGUGUUUAUGCAGUCGCUGCAGAAUUGGCUAUAAAGGUAAUUGAAGUUAAUGCAAGCAGUAAGAGAACUGGUAAAAUAAUGUUACAAGAUUUGCAAGAAGCUACUCAAUCUCAUAAAGUUAAUAGAGGAAAAGGUAGUUUAGAAAAUUUACAAAAAUCUCAGGAUACACUUUAUAAUGAAAAAAAUAUAAAGAGGAAAGGCAGGAAAAAGAAGAUCUUACAGAAUAGAAAAAAAAAUACAGAAUGUAACCAAAAAAAUGAAGUAUUAAGCCAAAAGGAGCAGCAAGUUGGGAGUCAAGAACUUACAAGGACUGAAAGCUCACUCAUUCUUAUAGAUGAUGCAGAUAUAGUGUUUGAACAGGAUGACGGAUUCUGUUCAGCUAUUAUGCAACUGAUUCAGUGCUCUAAGCGCCCUGUAAUUUUAAUAACGUCUUCAACAUCAUGUUUACAUUUGCAAAGAUUUUUACAAUUUGCAAAAAUUAUUAAUAUGCGACCGUUGUCGCCUAAAAUUCUUGGAACAUGGUUAGAUAUUAUGUGUUUAGCAGAUAGUGGUCUUUGUUGGCCUGGAACUGGAGCCAAAUUUUUAGAUUUUUUUAAAGGGGAUAUUAGAAAAACUAUUAAUUCUUUACAAUUUUAUAUAACUUCACAAGCACAAGAGAUGAAAAUAGAUAAACAACCUGAUUCCCAAAAUAGUGAUUCAAUAGUAAAUAUUGAUGAUGAAAACUCUAGUAUGUCAUGGGCAGAUUCUGAAGUACAAGAAGAAAAGUCUACUUUACAUUUUAAUUCUAAUGAUAAUGUUUGGAAAUCUUUUCUGAGAGAACAGUCGAGUUUAUUAAAUUUCGGGUAUCCCAUACAGUCAUUUAAUAUUUGGUGGAGUUUAUCAUAUCUUUAUGAAAUACUAUCUAAUUCUAAAUGCACUACCCAUGGUACAGAAAUAUCCAUUAAAACUUCUGAAUACAUGAAAAAUAAUAUUCUAAAUCUGGAUAUUAUUGCUAAGAUAAAUGACGCACUUUCAAUAUCAGAUUAUUGUGACCGUUUUACAUUUAGUAAAACAGCCAACAUCCUAUCCCAACCUUGGUACUCUGCUGAAAGUGACAGUGUAUCAGAACAAGAAAAUUUUCAGACUUAUAAUAAAAAUUACGAAGUUAUUGAUGAGAUUUCACAUAAGCUAAUAACAGGGUAUAUUACGACAACCCAGAAAAGAAAUGAAUGUGUAAUAACUUUUGAUAUUGACUAUCCAGAUAUGACUAUACUAAGAAAAAGGAAUAAAACAAUAUUGCAACACAAUACAAUAGCGAGUUAUUUGAAUCCAUCAUCAGUAUUGGAUCGGAAAGCCCUUGCGUUAGAUUAUUGGCCGGCGUGUCGCUCUGUAUGUAGGAUCGAGAAAUCCAAAACUGAAAAUAAUCUAAAAAGAAAUAAUCGCUUUUGUCAUUAUCUUAAAUCUUUAAAUAUUUUAUGUAAAAACGAUUAUUUUGACGAUUUAAGCAAUAGUUUAAAUACCAAAAGAAGUACAUAAAUACCUGUUAAAUAGCCUGUAUAAAAAACUAGUACUGGAUUUUUAUAUUUAAAAUUGCACUUGCUCGACAAUGAUGCUGUACUAUAUGAAAAUUAUAAUUUUCAUAGAAUUUAUUAGCUUUUAUCCGCGAUGUCGUCUUCCGUGACCGGGAUAUAUAGCCUAUAGUUCUGCAUCCUAAGUGAUAUGUCACGUCUAUACCAUAUUUCAUGACAACAACAGCAAGGUAACAAACACACUCGCUUUCAAAUUUAUAAUAUUAGUGAAAAUAUGGAGCAAAGUGUACUUGUUUUCUAUGAAUAUUAUUUAUUGUGCUUAUUUUCUAUACCUUAUAUUGAUUGGUAUAAUUCUGUUCAUAUGUAUUUCAUUCAUUAUAUUAAGUUUUUAAUAGUAAUAAUGUAUUUCAAUAAAAUUUAUGCACAAAAUAUGCUUUUUAUCAAUAUUUUUUGUUUUAUGUUUUAAUCGAUGUAAUAUAUUUACAAUUCCUAUGCAAUACAUAUCAAUGUCCGAACAUUUAGCUUACAUAUUUUUUAUUCCUUUUAGUUAUGCUAAGCUGCCUAUUUACUUUGACUAUUUAUUCCUUUAAAUGCAAUUAUUGAAAAUAAGUAAUACAUAAUCAAACAUACGUAGUUUAGAGAAAAUCUAUUAUAUUACUAUUCGUUCAAAAUAAAUUUGUUACAUUAUGUUGUCUCUAUUUAUUGAAUUAUCAUUCACCUUGGUGGUUUGUUUAUUUAUUGUUUAUUCCACAAUAAAAUUUGUACAAACGGCGACCUUAAAACCGUAUGACGCUAUGACGUUUAGCUGUUUAACACAGUAUCUCAUUUGCAUUGUACAUACAAUACAGUCAUUUGCAUUCUUGAGGAAAUAUGAUUUUAUUUAAAUUUUUAUUCUUUAUUAAUAUUAGCCUGGGUGUUUU